AUGAAAGAGUCCAUCCACAGCGGCUGUCUGCGACCUAAACAGAACUCACCAAAUGCUUGUCUAUGCGGUACAGUGCGGAACACCCGAGAAUCGUUCGGUGCCAGCUUAUUUGUUGCGUAUGUUCAAGGAAAAGUAUCUGAGCUAACGAAGGCCGUUCUGGCGAAAGACUAUGUACACAGUCACUCCAUUUCCUGUGGUUUGAGUCGAUCAAACAUGCUGCCAGAGAACACCUUUUGUCAGCAGUGUAAGAGAAUACUACUCAACGAGAAGGAACACGGAGGCUAUUUGGAAUUCUCAACCUCUGGCCGCGGCACAAAGGAACUCGAAUUUUCACGUUCGAAAUUGCGUCUAAAAUACGAGAGGAGCGACGUAUUCCCGAGCCUUCCAUCCCUUUCAGCAGGAGCGAAAUCCAACUGCCAGUUCUGCCAGCUCUUGAAAACAUCGUUGACAGGAAUCCUCGGCGAUGACCUGCAGAAGCCAGCUGGACCGGUCGUUGUUAGGAUUGGUGGGCUGCAGUAUUGUUGGGAAGAUGGAUUGCAAGGUCUCGAGCUCGGUCAAGUUUUACCCGAUAUCGGCAUAUCCAGCCCAAAUUACCCGUGUUUGAUGUCACAGAACGGAUUACUGCUAUCUCCACAAGUUUCUAAACGAAUAGAAGGCUGGAUUGGACAAUGCCUGAAGCAUUGCGACCCGGAAGCGAAACCUAUGGGCUUACCGACAAGGCUUCUUGACGUCGGCAACAUGAAUGGACGCAAGGUCCGAUUAGUUGUUACCAGUGAUAAAAUGUUGCAAGGUAAAUCGGGUCGAUCAUGGAGGUAUUCCGCUCUUAGCCAUUGCUGGGGAGACCGGAGCAUUCAUAAGCCUCCACUCAAGACCACAACAGAGAACCUUAGUAAAAGGCUCGCUGGAAUUCCUUUCCUGGACUUGCCAAAAACCUACCAACACGCUAUUAUAGUCUGUCGGAGCCUGAACAUACAGUAUCUCUGGAUCGAUUCGUUAUGCAUCAUCCAAAAUGACAAGGCAGACUGGGAAACGGAAUCGCCAAAGAUGGCGCAAUAUUACGAGCAUGCGUACAUCACCAUCAUCCCAGCGGCGGCUACUUCAUGCAAUGAUGGGUUUUUGGAUCGCCCCAUCACGCAGAGCCGUCCAGUCAAGGUGGAAUUUCAAUCGUCACUAAAACGAAACACUCGAGGCGCAUACUUUAUCCAUGGCGAGUCCACAACAGAGCCGAGAUUUUCUCAGUUUUACGACGACAUAGCGAAAAGCAAAUGGGGGACCCGCGGAUGGACGUUCUGUGAAGGGUUAUUUUCAACACGACGUGUUUAUUUCGGCAAAAAUACCAUCCAUUGGGGCUGCAGGAAGUUCUAUACGUCUGAACUUAGCAACAUUCUGGACGACGCAGAGGAACACAACCUCCAAUCCCUGAUCGAGGAGCAAGAUCAGGAUCAAUUUCAUGACGGUAAUGUCCUAUCAGUUUGGUACGCACAGUAUCUGGAGUACUCCUGCCGACAAUUCACAAGAAGUCAAGAUCGGCUUCCAGCGAUAUCGCCGUUGGCUAAAGUCAUGGCUCAACUUACUGGAGAUACCUAUCUCGCUGGAUUGUGGCAAUCUGAUUUGCAUGUUGGGCUCUUAUGGUAUGCGGAUAGUUUUGAAGGGCCUUUAAUCCUUCCUCGAGAGAAAGAGGCGUCGUACAUAGCUCCUUCUUGGAGCUGGCUUGCUCGAGCGAGAAAUGCGGAGAUCAGUGACUACGCUUUGACGCACAAAACGCAGUCUCUUCUAAUAAUACUCGGCACUCGAAUCACUCCGGACGGUAUAAAUCCGUAUGGCAGAGUACUGGACGGUUCUAUUGAAGUUGAUGGCUACACCUCCGAGCUUCCCAGAGAUAUGUUCAUCGGAUCCAUCCAUCAAAGAGGAACAAACUAUCGAACGACAAGAUUUCAGGGCCAUGAAGUCGAAUGCUCCUUGGAUGAACCACUUGGAAUGCAAGUUCAGAGCUAUGUUCUACUUGUUGUCAGGAACGGCCUUUGUCUAAAAGAUACUAUAUACGGAGAGAGCGAAGACAUUGACGAAGACAAUGCUCAUUACGCUGUAUCUGGACUUGUUCUCAUUCCGAGUGGUCAACGAGAAAAUGCAUACUGUCGUGCAGGCAUCUUUCAGUCAUUGAGAAAUAACAUUGAGGAGAAAUCAUUUCUCAUCACUUGUAAAAGACGCACCUUGAUACUCAUUUAG